UUCUGUUUGAAUGUGGCUCAUGGGCCUCCCUGUAUAGUACUGAAAUAGUUAAUUUGAUACCUUCUGUGAAAAAGUAGUUUCAAUGUACCAGUUUAUAAACACUACUCAAGUACAAGUGUAACCAUAACCUAAAAACAAACAUACCGGUAGAAUUUAUUAAUUUCAUCUCAUUUUCCAUUAAGAAAGACGAUUAUGUCGCUUUCUAAAGGUGAUGAAAUUCCGGAAAAACGUUUAAAAAUAGAACGAACCUACAGUAAUCGCUCUCGAAGCGAUAAAACUCGUAGCAGAAGACCCACAACUGAAGAACUUUCCCCAUCUACCUCAAAAACUAAUAAAGAAAAGUAUGCCGGUCCACCGAUCUUGAUACUUGACAAUGGCGCAUAUACCGCUAAAAUUGGUGUAUCUUCAGAUGAAUCAGCGAAGAUCAUACCAAAUUGCAUAAUGAAAGUGAAAUCGGAAAGGAAAAGGUUUUUUAUUGGCAAUCAAAUUGAAGAAUGUCGUGAUCUCUCAGGCUUAUACUACUUACUGCCAUGCGAGAAAGGUUUUACUGUUAAAUGGACUGUUCAAAAACCUGUAUGGGAUUACAUGUUCAAUAAUGUUUCACACAUCGAAGAUAAAGGUGUUAUCAUGACACAGCCGAUUUUCAACUUUAAAACCAUACAAGAAAUUACUGACGAAAUAUUUUUUGAAGAAUAUGAAAUUAAAUCUAUGUUGAGAGUUAAUCCUUGCGAUUUGGCUAAGUAUGAAUAUGUUAAUCGUGUUGCAGGUAAAAAUGUUCCUUGUAUUGUAGUGGACUCUGGAUUUAGUUACACUACAGUGGUGCCUUACAUUGAUGGUAAAAAGUAUUAUCCAGCAACUCGGAGGAUCAAUGUUGGUGGUAAAAUGCUUACCAACUACCUAAAGGAGAUUAUUUCCUACCGCCAACUGCAUGUUAUGGACGAGACAUAUGUCAUUAAUCAAGUAAAAGAAGAUAGCUGUUAUGUUUCUUCCAAUUUUAAAGAAGACAUGCGAAUUGCAGGUUUACAUGGGGACGCAAAUUCAAUUGUCAAAAGUUAUGUGUUGCCAGAUUUUAACAAUAUCAGACGUGGAUAUGUUCAGGAAUCGAAAGGAGCUGCUGAUCAUAUUGCGGAAGGUUGUCAGAUAUUAAGACUGAAUAAUGAAAGAUUUACUGUGCCUGAACUUCUAUUUCAUCCGUCUGAUAUUGGUAUAGAGAGUGUGGGCAUUGCCGAAUGCAUCGUUAAGUGUAUUCAUGCGUGUCCAGAAAAAGAACGGCCUCACUUAGCCAAACACAUCGUUCUAAUGGGUGGGAAUUGUAAUUUCCCUGGGUUUAAAGAGCGUGUAUAUUUCGACUUGCGUUCCUACUUGCCCGAUCACUGGAGUGUCAAUGUUCAUAAACCCGAAAACCCCAUAACUUUUGCAUGGCAAGGUGGGAAAAGUCUGUCAGCAGAUCCUAAACUAAAAUCACUAUUCGUUACAAAGGAGCAAUAUGAGGAGCGUGGAACUGCAUUUACAUAUGAAAGAUUCAGUGACUGGUUGCAUGCGGAGAAAACCUGUAACGAAGAAAACCCUUCACCUACAAUUGAAACAGUUCCCAGUAGCAUUUUGAAUAAAAGCAACUUGACACGUUUUGAUCUUUUUGGUAAGCAUGAAGUGGAAAGUGAGGAACUUAGUGAGAGUCUUAAUGCAAACUCAACUGACAAAUUAAGUAAGGAAACGACAAGUGAUUCAAAAACAGACGGUGCUGAUAAUUCAAAAGACAAUGAUAGCAGUGAAAGUAGCAUUGUAGGUCGUGAUAUUGACGUGCAUCAAGAUGAUGACAGUAAUAAAGCGAAGUUUAAGAGCUCUCUUUUCUUAGAAACAAAUGAAAAUGAUUCAUUUGAUACACAUUGUUUUUCUUCAUAUGAUUUUAAUAUAUUUAGUAAUUCUUUUGUUUAGUUUCUAGUAGGACUUUGCAUAAUGUAUUUUAUACAAUUUUCAAUAAACAUUUUAACUGUUUGUGGAGAUUUAGAAAUGAAGCCCUGUGGAUACGUGUUGUAUCUAAAUAUAUGUUGUUGAUUUUACAUUCUGAACUAUCACGUGACGUAAUUGUCCUGCUGUACUGCCUAUAUACUUGUAGUUAUGGUGUAACAAUUAAGUAUGUAAAACAAUGGGUUGUUUUUCACAUACUUGAUUGUUGUACACCCUGUGUAUGGAUGUUCUGUACCCAUUGUAAAUAGCAAGAUUGUCAAAUGCUACCUACCAU